ACUAGACUGCUAGAGCUAGUUGUUGCCGAUCUUCAGGCCGCGAGCGCGCAGCAAGUGUGGUCAUGCACGGGGCAAAGCACCGGAUCACCACCACCUCGCACUCGCAGCAGCAACAGCUCGGCGCGGCGAUGGGCGGCGGCGUGGACAGCCACGGGCACCGAUCGGCGCGGCCGGCGCUUCGGCACGCCAAGCUGAAGAUGCUCUUCGUCGUCAUCGCCACGAACCUCGUCUCGGUGUACCUCUUCUCCGGCGCGUCGCUGUCGCUCAACAUGCCCGCCUCCGCGCCGAGCAUCCACCUCUGGGACUCCACGGCGCUCCUCCGGGACCUCAACGCCACCCGCGACGCGCUCUCGCUGGCACGCGCGGAGCUGGCCUUCCUCCGGGGGCAGUGCGGGACGUCUUCGCUCCUCCUCGAGUCCGUGCUCGCCAAGCUCGGCGCCGUCCACGGCGAUACGCCGGCGGUCCAGGACUUCAAUGGCUGGCCCGAGGAGCCCACGGGCGAGCUCAAGAUGGCCAUCGAGCCCCACCGGCUCCCCCUCGGCUACUCUGUCAACUUCGGCACCGACGAGCUCUUCCCGGGCCUGGGCUUCGCGUGCCGCAACUUCCAGGAGGAGCUCACGCAGUACAUGACGUACAACGCGAGCGGCGAAUGCCCCGACGACGAGGCCCUCGCACUGCAGCUCAUGCUCAAGGGGUGCGAGCCGCUGCCGCGCCGGCGCUGCAGGCCGCGAUCCCCGGCGAGGUACGUCGAGCCGAAGCCGCUCCCGGCGAGCCUCUGGUCAAUCCCGGCCGACACGACCGUGAACUGGUCCCCGUACACGUGCAAGAACUACACCUGCCUCGUGGAGCGCGCGCACAGCAGGGGCGGGUCGUACGACUGCAAGGACUGCUUCGACCUGGCGGGCAAGGAGCGGCGGCGGUGGCUGACCGACAACGGCGGCCCUGGGUUCAGCAUCGACGGCGUGCUGCAGUCCAGGCCGCCGGGCACCGUGCGCAUCGGCCUGGACAUCGGCGGCGGGACCGGCACUUUCGCGGCGCGGAUGCGCGAGCGCAACGUGACCGUGGUGACCACGACUCUGGACCUGGACGCGCCCUUCAACCGGUUCGUCGCGUCGCGCGGGCUGGUGCCGCUGCACAUCAGCCUCGUGCAGCGACUCCCCUUCGCCGACGGCGUGCUGGACAUCGUGCACUCCAUGCACGUGCUCACCAACUCGGUGCCCGCCGCCGUGCUCGAGUUCGCGUUCUUUGAUAUCUACCGGGUGCUCCGGCCCGGCGGCGUCUUCUGGCUCGACCACUUCUUCUGCCUCGGCCCGCAGCUCAACUCCACGUACGUGCCCAUCCUCGACCGCGUCGGCUUCCACCGGCUCCGGUGGAAGGCCAGCCGGAAGCUCGACCUGGGCGCGGAGAGGAACGAGUGGUACGUCUCGGCGUUGCUCGAGAAGCCCAUGACAUGACCCCAUAAAGCCUUGUGUCACGUUGGUAUUUUGUUUAAUGACUGCUUACUGUAUUUGGGUGCUUAUAAUUGAGAAGAGAUGCCUAAACUGUGGCAAAUUUUACAUGGUUCCUGAGACAUUCAC